AUGCGCCCUGCUCGUCCCGCCCGUCCGCGCCCCGCUGCAGCUGUGGGGAGCACUUUGGCUGGACGGGCGCUCACCUUUAUGCUGCGCCACAUGGUGUGGAUCCUGUUCAUCUGCAUCGGCGGCACCAUCGUCCUCACCAUGCAAUACACGGGUGCGCCUACCGGGGAUGCCGGUGAGCCUCCUCCUGCAGCCGCCGCAGGCAGUGCCGGGCGAGAUGCAACCGCGGCAGGUACCGCCGUCAGCAGCGAUGGAGGCGAUGUCGCAGAUGGUGGCCUCUCUGCUGUCUGGGGCUACAUGGGCAUGGCCACCGUCUGCAUCGGCGGCUGCCUCUUUACCGCCACCAAGGUCUCGAAGGCUCUGGCUAAGAUGGACCUCCAGAGCGAUGCCCACACCGUUUGA